AUUAGACUGUAACAGGAAGUGAAUAGUUUCGGGUAGAAAGAGAGGUAUACAGUAAAUUUGAGCAACCAAAUCUGCUCAGUCACGAGUCAUGUCUCUGUUUGGUGAAUAUCCGUGCACAAAUCAAUCAGUUGCUCCAAGCUACAUCGCGUUCACAACGGCCGCGGUAACUGUUCCCUUGUGCCUGUUUACGGUCCCUGGAAAUUUACUCGUCGUGUUAGCAAUCUUCGUCGAUCCAAACAAAGAUCUAAAAUCGCCUUUCAACUACUUUGUGGCCAGCCUUGCCAUUAGCGAUCUUUUGAUGGGAUUCUUCGUCGACCCGACUUCGGUAGUGUAUCAUGUUAUGGAAGGAACUGCGAGAAAAAGACCACCAGCAUCCUACCUUCACGUGCCGUUAUUCAUUUCGUGUACAGCUUCUGUUCUCAGUUUGGCAGCUUUAACACUGGAUCGAUAUUUGGCGAUAACGUCUCCGCUAACCUACAGAACAAAAUUGAAUCCUAAGCGAGCGGGUUUUGUGGCGGCUGGCAUCUGGGUAUUCUCAUUAAGUUUCCCUUUCAUAUACCUUGUUACAGGCUACCUUACAUAUUCAUUUGUCUUUCUCCACACAGUCGUAAUUGGCACUCUCUUAGUCAUCCUUCUAACGUAUCUGAGAAUAUUUCGUGUGAUCAGAGAUCAAGUGAAACAAUGGGAUUCUUUGGAUCAGACAAACGUGGAAAACCAGGCAAAGAGACAGGCGGCAAGAUGGGAACAGAAAGUGACCAAGACCUUUAUUAUUAUACUGACUCUCUUCUUAGCAUGCUAUCUUCCUGCCUGUAUCUGCAUUUACAUUGUUAACUUAUGCAAAGCGUGCAGUUGCACUCUUAUACACUGGGCAAGAGAUAUUCCUGCUCUUUUGAUCACGGCUAAUUCAGGAGUGAACCCUUUUGUGUAUGCCUGGCGGUUUGAAAAUUUCAGGAAAGCGUUCGCAAAACUUUUGAGGAACAGAAAGUGCUGUAGAAAACAAAGACAAAGAACUUUAACAUUUGACAACAUAGCCAUGCAGGGAACAGAAAGUAACUAAGGCUGCUACCACAAUAUUGGCUCUAUUUUUUCUGUAUCUCCAGUUAUACCUCUAUUCACUUUAGUGGGUCAGAGAUUUUAAUUUUAUUUUGAUCCUCGCCAUUUCAGGAGCGAAUCUGUUUGUUCGUGCUCAAGUUCCGCAAGGCGUUUUUAAAAUUAUGAGACGUACAGAAAGUGUUAUGGUUAUUUGAGGGAAAGAACAUUAGAAUUUGACACCCUUAAAGGGAAUACUUCAAGUUAUUUAGAGUAGCAAAGUGUAAACCUGCCUAAAAAUACGGCGAAGUUUGAGGAUACAAUUUUUUUUUAUCAAGAACGUCUUCUUCUUUGGCUAGGGAAUCC